UAGUGCGCGCGCGCGCGCGCGGCUGGCGUGGGGAGGGGUCGUGCCCAGGGGGCUCGAGAACUGCGCGCGCCCGGAGCUGAGCGCGCGCCAGGGUGAAGGGUGGAGGCGGAGAUCACUCGCCAGAGGGAGGAAGCAACUGGCGGUUAGGAAGCCGCGGAGCUGAGCCGGGGAGCUUCCGUUUGGGGACUCGGGCGGUGCGUGCUAAUAGGACCAGAAAGGGCUGAAGCAAUUAAGCAGCGCGCAUCGGCGGGCCACGGGCGCGCGCUCACACGGCGCAUCCGGAAGCCGAGCCGGGCGGUAACCCGCUCGUGCACCCCCACCGCUCCGCGCGGGAUGGUUGGGUCCGCCGACGGCCGUCGCUGAUUGGCUGCUGCGGGGUGGGGCGUGGCGGUGGUCGACGCUCGACCUUCGCGGGCCUCUUAGUCUUUUCCCGCCAUGUCGUUUGUGGAGAGUUGGAGGUCUGUAGGCGCGCGUAGGCGCCGUCAGGUUACCCCAGGUCCUGGGACUCGGCCUGUGUAUUCCGACUACACUCAGGGGGAUAGCUGGGGUGAGGGCGAAGGCGACGAAGACGAGGGAUGCGACCAAGUGGCCCGCGACUUGCGGGCAGAGUUCUCGGCCAGGGCCUGGUCGGAGACCAAGAGGGCCCCGCCACUCCCACCACCGGUCGGGGACGGGUCGCCGGUCCUGCCGGAUAAGCGCAACGGCAUCUUCCCGGCGACUACGGCCAAGCGAACCCAGGCUCGGCGAUGGCCCAUCCAAGCCCUUUCCAUUCUCUGUUCGCUGCUGUUCGCCGGCCUCCUGGCGUUCCUCCUCGCCAUCGCCUACCUGAUCGUUAAAGAGUUGCAUGCAGAAAACUUGAAAAAUGAAGACGAUAUACAUACUGGGCUGUUAGGAUUUUGGUCUCUGCUGAUAAUAUCUCUAACUGCUGGAUUAUCCUGUUGCAGCUUUUCUUGGACAGUGACUUACUUUGAUUCUUUUGAACCAGGAAUGUUUCCGCCUACUCCUCUUUCACCUGCUAGGUUCAAGAAACUGACUGGACAUUCUUUCCACAUGGGCUACAGCAUGGCAAUUUUGAAUGGUGUUGUAGCUGCUCUCACUGUGGCAUGGUGCCUCAUGUAAACCCACAAUAGAGCAUCAGUGUUGGUGAAAGUCAUGAUUGUUUUUGAAGUAACAGAAAUGAAAUUGCCUACUUAGAAGACUAUGAAAUGUGAUUCAGAUACAUACUAUCAUCAUUAUGGAAGACCUUAUAGAGGCCAUUUCUUAAAUGUAUAAGAUGUUUACUUCAUCUUUUUACUUUUGUGUAGUUUAUCAGUUACAGAAGAUAUUUUAAUGGAAAUCAAACUUGGACACUUGAAUACAGGACAAUGCCUACCUUUCUAUGUAUAUUCCAUUUUUUACUAGCAGAUAUUGAUAUUACUGGUUGAGGUAGAAAUAUUUAUGUACUUCAUUAAGAAAACAGUACUGAGGCCAAGUGUGAUAGCAAGACCUUCAAGCCCAGCACUUUGUAGACAUAAGCAGUUUCUGUGGGUUUGAGGUUAGCCUAUAGUUGCACAAUGAGAUCAUUUCAAGAAAAAGAAGAAAACAAUUCCUAUUCUUUGACAUUUUGUAGAAGCUACUUAAAUCAGAGUUUUUGAUAAUCAGUAGAAUGCAUAUAUGCAUUUAUAUUUUUGUAGAGUAUAGCUAGGGGUUUUAUAUAUUUUUAUAAUACUGAAUUUGUUUUUUAAAUGAUUACAUUUAUAUCUAUAUGGUUGUAAAUUUUAUUUCUUAGCUCGUGUAAACCUGUCCUUUAGUAUUUUGUCUCUUUUAAAAAAGCAUUAAAGUACAUUGACUUGAGUUUAAGUUUAAGUAAAUUUAUUUUUUAACAAAAACAUACUACAAAUUCAGGGUAAAUUAUUUGUUAUUAUGAUGUUAAGAAAUUUGAGACCUUUAGCCAUUUCUAUUUUCUACAAUUGAAAAUAUUUAUUUUGAUGUAUAUAUUAAGGCAACAAAAUGUGUACUAUUUUGUUUUUAGUAAAUGAAAACCUGAAAAUUUUGUAUGUAGAAAUGUUUGAACUUGUUUAUUUUUAAUCUCAAGAAUUUAGUUGCCAAAGUAGAAAAAGUAUUUUGAUAGUUUGUAUAUGUACAUAUAAUUAAACUAUAAUAUAUAUGUUGUAAUAUAUUGUAUAUAUUGUAAUUGUCAUGUCAAGGUUUUUUGUUAUUUUCAUAUUAAUUGAGCUUUAAAUGUUUCUCUGUCUUGUUUGCUAUUUAAAUGUUUAGAAAGUCACCUCAAUUUUAGAAAGUUGAAUGAUUUACACAGCUGUUUUUUUCUGGCUGUAGAAAAACUUGGAUUAGGAAAACAUUGUGUAAUCUGUGUAUUCUAGCUGUGGCAAGUGAGUAUGUGUGGUGCAUUUGUAGUCCUACUUCUGUGACUACACAAGGGUUCUAAAAGUCUCCAUGUUUUCUCUAUAUUCUCAAAAAAGUCAUUUCUAUUUUAUUGGAAAUGGCUAAUAAUGUUCCAAUUAAAGUAAGUGAUGGAGAGGGGCAUAGGUAGAGUCUUACUAAUACCAGUCCCAUGACUUAGUAGUCUUACUAGCUAUGCUUGUUAAAAUGGUUGUUGUUGUUUAUUGGCUUUCUCAUAAAAUAUAUUUCGACUUUAUUCUUUUCACACAUGCCCUACCUACCCCCAACUCUUUCUAUAUCGUCUCUUUUCCCACCACCCCCGACCCCCAUCCAACUUCAUGUUCUAUCUUUCAGGGGGAAAAAGAAAUCGUUUGUUUGUUUGUUUGUUUGUAUGACUGUUUUUUACUCUCAGCCAUCUUACCUUCUACUUUUUCCCUUAAAGGACUCUUAUUACAAAGAUAUGUUCAAAUUGUAAAAUUACGUUAUCUCCUCUCUACCUGUGUAAAGCACCAUCCCCAUUAUCACCCCAAUUUGAAUGGCUCCUUCCAAAUUCUUUGUGUGUAGUGACAAGAUUAAAGUUAUUAUAGUUAAUUUUUCAGACA